AAAUAAAUUUGAUUUACAGCCCAUAUUACUAUGAAUUCUUUGAAAAGGAUGUGGAAGAGCGUUUGAGAAAAUUAAAAGAAAUAUACCCUGAACCAAUUGAACUUGUAAAACGGAUGGAAUCUCUCCAAGUAGAUGCUGUGUCAGAACCUCCCAGCACAGCUCGAUCGGAUCAACCUGGUUCUUUGCACAGUUCUCAAGGUUUCACCGCUAACACCAUAGAUGAAAGCAUGUUUGCGCCAUAUCCAGAAAAUGAACCUGUAGAAAGCUGCGAAAGUGCCUACGAGCCCUCAGCGACCUUGGAACGAAAAUUAGAGGAUGAACUAAAUUACCAUGUCUAUGGCAGCAGGAUGGAUAAGCCGGAAGAAGGUCUUUAUGCUGCGCGUAGUGCUCAAAUGCAAGAGGAGGAGAGGAGAAGGAGAAAGGUCUCAUAUGACCCCUUUGCCAAAGCGCCAGUCAUACCUCGGUCACCAGAGUUUUACCCGAGAGCUCAAAACAUCCAAGCAAGUGUGAGUAACAACAAUAGCAGUACACCUCAUUCAAGUCGUCCAUGGCACUCAACACCCCUGGGAGCGAUAGAUCCAAAUGGCUUUUCGGUGGCAGGAACUCCAUAUCCCAGGAGGCUAACAAGUGCAGAAGAUCUCUACGGAGCAGCACCCCCAGCGGCAAACGUGAAUUUCAAUAAAGCACCGAUUCCAGAAUCUGGCAUAAACAAUCAGGCCAAGCCAUUCAGUCCGUAUCUUUAUCCCCAAAGCUUAAGGACAGAAACUGGUCCUGUGGAGACGUUUCCCAUUUCACAAUACAACUUUGCAAAUCCUUUUGGGAGCAGAAUACCUACAGACAGCACUGCUAUAGUUUCGGAUGUUUACCUAAACCUCGUGAGAGACAACUUAUCCAAAAAGUGGAAACAGUGCGCUCGUAAGCUAGGUUUCAGUGACCCGGAGCUGGACGAAAUUGACCACGACUACGAACGGGAUGGACUGAAAGAAAAGGUUUACCAGAUGUUCCAGAGGUGGCUGAUGAAGGAAGGCAGCAAAGGGGCAACGGUGGGGAAGUUGGCCAGAGCCCUCUUUGCUUGCGACCGGAGAGAUCUCCUCAAUAAGUUUAUCAAAAUAAGCCAGAAUGUUGAUAGAAACAACAGCUAAAGACGUCGAAGAAAGAGCUGGAGGACUUUGGCUGGGUUGAAUAUUUUUUUCCCAGAGGACAUUUUUUUGUAUUACAAGCAGUUGUUGGUCACGACAAAUGAGGCCACUACUCUAUGCAAGCAGAGUAAGGAAUCUGAGAUAAAAAAUCAAAUAGUGCCAAUCCCAAGGGAUGUUUUCGUAGCACUCCCUUAAAAAAAAAAAGCUAGGAAUUUGACAGAAUGCUUUCCAGCAGAAGCAGACAAAACAUUUCGAGUCUUUUGCUCUAGGCACACACAGAACAAGACGGCUGUUUUGUUCUGGACAUGGACCACAAUGGGGUUCUUCCACAGCUAAGGGAGAGGAGCAGCAGUGGCUGAGCAGAGGGAGAGAGAGGACUGCAGAGCAGCUGGGGAAGAUUUUGGUAUAUACCUCACUUGGCCUUUAGUAGCAAUAGUGCUGGCUGAGGAGGAGGAUGAGGGAGGGAAAGGAAAGUGUUCUGACCCCCUCCUCCGUCCAGUAACGAAUGCCGAGACAAGC